AAGAAUCCAGUUUCAAGAGAUUUUGGUUCCACCUCAGCGCUACAGUACUUAGUAGAUCUCUGAGCCAACAAGUUGCGUAAAUAGCCGACCAGGAUGGAUUCGAGAGGUUUGUCGCAGGGUUAGCCACAGAAAGUAUGGUGUCAUUGUCCACUGGGAUAUUUCAAGCUUCUAAUUGGGACAAGUGAUAGUUGACGUAUCUAAUCGAAUCCAUUCCAUUCAGAUUCAGGGUUCAAGGCUAGUAAGGCGGGGCCCCCAACCUUAUUGCCUCAGGCCCCAACAGGAGGCUGCCCUUGCCCUUGCCCUACACCCUAGUUGCCGUCCCGUGCCGCCCUUGAAGGCCUACCCCUCUCCAGCCAAUGAUGUUCCGCCAUCGAAUUCUUGGCUUGAAGGGAGUAUCUGAACCAUGGUCACUGACUAAAAGGUUCAUUGUCAACGAUUUGCAUUCCACGAUCACCGACAUACCUCCAUCUUAUAUCUAACCUAGUACUAUAUCACUGUUCUUAUGUGCAUUAGUGUUACUCAAAGCGAUAUUCACAAUGGCUAUGAAUCGUAUUCCCGGUCAGAAUAUUUAUAUUGGAGGCAUUUUCUCGCUUAAGAACAAGGCAGCAUUGGAAAGAGCAAACAUUACCCACGUACUUUCGGUAUUACGCCUGCAACCACAGGAGGAGACAUUUGCAGGCUUCCAACAUCACCGCAUCGAUGUGGACGAUGUCGAGGAUGAGAAUCUCCUAGAACAUUUUCCGUCCGCCAUUAAGUUCAUCCAGUCUGGAUUGGAUGCUGGUGGGGGCGUCCUGGUCCAUUGUGCGAUGGGAAAAUCCCGUUCAGCCACCAUAUGUAUCGCUUAUCUACUCCACCAACAGCCAAGCGCACUGUCACCGCAGUCCGCUCUUGCCAUUAUUAAGGAAAGUCGGCCACUUUGUGAGCCAAACGACGGGUUCAUGAAACAGCUGUCGAUCUACCACCAAAUGGGCUGUCCAGACGAUGUGAUCAGUCAUCCGUUAUAUAACCGUUGGCUUUACCACCGCGAAGUUGAGGAAAGUGUAGCAUGUGGACGCGCGCCGGAGAUGAGUUCCGUGUUAUUUGAAGACGAACAAUCCCACAAACCCCAAGACAAUACGGAUCGAACGACGGAAAUUAAAUGUCGGAAAUGCAGGCGAAACUUGGCGACCACGCCAUUCAUCAUACCACAUGGCCCGCAAAACGGUGCAAAAGGACCGACCGACUGCGCCCACAUUUUCUUGCAUCCCUUAACGUGGAUGCGCCCGUGCCUAUUCCCUGACGGUGAAGAGGAUGGAGCACCAUCGGGGGAUGCGCCCCUGUCUGGUCGCUUGACUUGCCCGAACACUUCGUGUGGUUUUAAUAUCGGGAAGUUCGCAUGGCAGGGUAUGCAAUGUAGCUGCGGCGACUGGGUAGUUCCCGCAAUUGGCCUUGCGAAGGCUCGAAUCGAUAUGUCCCAACGUGUCAAUGUGGGAAGGUUACCUCCAGCUGCCCUAGGCAUCCGACUGCCGCCUAGUAUGAGGCCUAAUCCUGCGGAUGAUUCCACAAAUGGACGGGGUAAUCUCUAAGUUUAUGACGGUGACUGCGCCUCAGGCGAGACUGACACGGUGGGAACUUCGCGGAUAAAUGCCACUGCCGAUUGAACACACAUAAUUCUAUCUCUGACAUCCAGCGGUUGAAUGACCGACGAACCUCAUAUCACGUGAUACGGACGCUCUCAUUUACAGAUCGCCGUGAAGACUGGAUGCUGUGCGCCUUCGUCUACUUGGCCGAAAUUAAACUAUUUCCCGAAGUGGUGUAGGGGAAAGGGCACUGCGAUGACGCCUUUGGGUUAAAUAAAGUUGGGCCUUGCGUGUACGCGUUGGUCUUCACAGAUCCACCGCACCAACGGGGAGGUAACUGAUAACCAAGAGCAUACAUGAACAGGCGUUUAGCUACCAUAAGACUUGGGUCUAGGCACGCAGAGUUCAGUCUUGGUGAGACCCAUCUCUUCUUCUAAAGGACCCUGAUGUCGAUCAUCCCGCAAUGGAGUUGAUCUACCAAGCUAGCAGGGACGAAAUUACUUUCCGUUACG